AUGGGCAUCACCCACCUGUCCCGGGACACCUGGCAGACCUCGCCCACCCGUCCCGAGAAACCUGGCGGGCCGCGCCUGCCCGACCCGGGACACCUGGCGGGCCACGCCAGCCCGUCCAGGGACACCUGGCGGGCCGUGCCAGCCCGUCCAGGGACACCUGGCGGGCUGUGCCCGCCCGUCCCGGGACACCCUGGCGGGCCCUUGCCCAAACCCAUCCCGGGACACCUGGCGGGCGUUGCCCGCCUGUCCCGGGACACAUGGCGGGCCUCGCCCGCCCGACCCGGAGGACACCUCGCGAAAUCUUGCCCACCCGUCACGGGACAACCUGGGCGGGCUUCGCAGAACCGUCCCGGGACACCUAGCGGGCCUCGCCCGCCCGUCCCGGGACGCCUGGCGGGCCGCGCCAGCCCCGGGCCUCGCCCACCUGUCAAGGCCUGCCCACCCAUCCAGGGACGCCUGGCGAGCCUCGCCCGCCCGUCCCGGGAUGCCUGGCUUGCUCCCCCUCCCCCCGCCCGUCCCGGGACCCUGGCGGGCCUGCCCCGGCCCGUCCCGGGGACGCCUGGUGGGCCGCACCCGCCUGUCCCGGGACGCCUGCGAGCCGCGCCCGCCCGUCCCGGGACACCUGGACGCCUGGCGGGCCUCGCCCAGCCGUUCCCAGGAACGGGGGGGCGAGGCCCGCCAGGUAUCCUGGGACACCUGGCAGGCCUCGUCCACCCGUCCCGAGAAACCUGGUGGGCCCGGCUGACCAGUCCCAAGACACCUGGGGGACCUCACCUGCCCCUUCCCGGAACCCGUAGCAGGCCUCGCCCACCCGUCAAGGCCCGCCCACUCAUCCCGGGACACCAGGCCUUCCCGUCUCGGGACACCUGGCGGGCCUCGCCCACCCAUCCCGGGACCCUGGGGCGGCCCUUGCCGACCAAUUGGGGACACUUUGGCGUCGCCCUGCCGACCAAUCCCAAGACACCUGCGGGGCCUCACCUGCCACUUCUUGGGACCUGUAGCGGGCCUCGCCCACCCGUCAAGGCCUGCCCACCCAUCCCGGGACACCUGGCGGGCCUCACAUGCCCCUUCCCGGAACCCGUAGCGGGCCUCGCCCACCCGUCAAGGCCUGCCCACCCAUCCCGGGACGCCUGGCGGGCCUCGCCCACCCGUCCCGGGACGCCUAGUGGGCCUCGCCCGCCUGUCCUGGGACGACUGUCGGGCCUCGCCCGGCCGUCCGGGACGCCAUGUUGGGGCCUCGCCCGCCGUCCCGGGCCGCCUGGCAGGCCUUGCCCGCCCGUCCCAGGACGCCUGUUGGCAUCUGCCCCACCCCCGUCCCCGGGAGGCCCUGGGCGGGCCUCUGCCCGCCCGUCCCCAGGACGCCGUGCCGCUGCCCGCCCAUCCCCGGGACGCCUGGUGGGCCUCUGCCCGCCCGUCCCGGGACGCCUGUCGGGCCACUGCCGCCCGUCCCCGGGACCCCUGGCUGGCCUCGCCCUGCCAGUCCCGGGACGCCUGGCGGGCCUCUGCCCGCCAUCCCUGGGGCGCCUGGCGGGCCGCUGGCCACGCCCAGGGCCACUGCCCGCCCGUCCCCAGGAAGCCUGGCGGGUCGCUGCCCGCCCAUCCCCGGGAGGCCUGGCGGGCCUCUGCCCGCCCGUCCCCGGGACGCCUGGCGAGCCUCUGCCCGCCCGUCCCCGGGACACCUGGUGGGCCACUGCCCGCCCGUCCCCGGGACGCCUGGCGGGCCGCAGCCCGCCCGUCCCCGGGAGGCCUGGCUGGCCUCCGCCCGCCCGUCCCGGGACGCCUGGCGGGCCUCCGCCCGCCCGUCCCCGUGACGCCUCCUGGCGCGGAUGGCCCGCGGCCCGUCCCCGUGACGCCUGGCGGGCGGAGGCCCGCCGGUCCCCGGGAUGCUGGCGGUCGGAGGCCCUCCGCCCGUCCCCCAGGCACGCCUAUCCCGCCGCCCGCCGGUCCCCGGGACGCCUGGCUCCCCGGCCCGCCGGUGCCCCGGGGACGGCCUGGUGCGGAGCGGUAGGCCCGCCGGUCCCCACGGGGACCCGCCUGGCAGGCUGGAGGGCCCGCCAGUCCCCAUGA